GCACACGGCUAUCCGAGGAGAGAGGCAGCACCACUCAAGAAAUCAAAUCUCGGUCAGUGGCACGCGUUGCUUCGCGGAGCUUCUUCCACUUCCAUAGUUUUGAGGGGUGAUUUUAUUGGCCGCAGAACCAAAAUGAUCCCUUGUCGUCAGAGCCUGGGCCUCCCCGUGGCAGUUGCCCUCCUGUCCUGCGUAUUCCUCUCUGUGAGGGCUUUCCACCUGCCUUCCCCCGCCAUCAGAACACGUAUAUCCAGCAGCACGUCUAUCAGUGCAAGCCAUGGGCGCCCUCGCUCCCUUCCCUCCCUCUACGCCUCCUCCACCUCAUCUCCCCCUGCAUUCGGGCAGUUUUUGACCGACCUCCUUGGCGAUCUUUUCGCGGGCCCCGAGAAAGUGGAGGAAACCGACGUUCUGGUGGUGGGCUCUGGGAUCAGUGGCUCGACCACCGCGUUUUAUCUGAACAAAGCUGGAGUCAAGUGUCUGCUGACAGAGGCCAAACCCGUGGUGGGAGGGAACGUGAUCAGUAAAUCGGAGUCCGGCUUCUUGUGGGAGGAGGGCCCGAAUUCCUUCCAACCCACUUAUCCGCUCAUGCAAGCGACUGUAGACAUGGGCCUGGCCGAUGAACUGGUCCUGGCAGACGCGAGCUUGCCCCGCUUCGUGUAUUGGAAGGAGAAACUCUACGCCCUGCCUGGGGGCUUGGGUGACAUCCCCUUCUUCAAUCUCCUAUCCAUACCCGGACGUAUCAGGGCGGGUCUGGGGGCUCUGGGCUUCAUUCGAGGCCCGCCGAAGGAUAAGGAGGAGAGCGUCAAGGAAUUCGUGACCCGGCAUUUGGGGGCAGAGACCUUCGAGCGGAUCAUCGACCCCUUCGUCUCGGGCGUCUACGCCGGGGACCCGAGCAAGCUCUCCAUGAAGGCGGCCCUGAAGAAGGUGAAACGCUUGGAGGAGCUGGGAGGGAGGGGCAUUCUGGACGGGGCUUUGCUUCGCAUCCAGGAGAUCCAACGGACCAAGCCGCCGGUGGUGCCGGAGCACCCUGUGUACAAGGGCGGGCAGCUGGGUUCAUUCAAGCGAGGCUUGCAGUCGAUGCCCCUGGCGGCGGCCAAGGCGCUGGGGAAGGAGAAGGUCCGGCUCUCCCACAAGCUCUUGAGCGUGGUGGAAGGGAAAGGGCCGAAGGGUGGCUACGAGGCGGUUUUUCAGACCCCCCAGGGACGGAAACGGAUCAAAUGCCAGGCCCUAGCCAUCACCGCCCCCGCCCACGUUGUGCACAAGCUCCUGCGUCCUUUGGUCCCGGAGGCGGCCCGUCUUGCCGACGUGUACUAUCCCCCGGUCGCCUCCGUCACCUUGGCCUACCCGAAAACCGCCUUUCGGGAGCCGUUGCGGGGUUUCGGAAAUUUGAUUCCCCGGAGCAUGAAGAUCCGAACGCUGGGGACCAUCUGGUCGUCCUCCCUCUUCCCGGGCGGCCCCCCCGACUACAACAUGCUGCUUUCCUACAUCGGAGGGGCCCAAGAUCCGGGUAUCGCGGAGCUGAGCAGCCAGCAGAUCGUCAAGGAGGUAGACAGGGAUAUCAAGAAGGUCUUGCUCAAGCCCGACGCCCCGGCGCCCAAGAUCCUGGGCGUGCGGCUGUGGCCCACCGCCAUCCCGCAGUACAACAAGGGCCACCUGGACAUCCUCGCGAGCGUGGAGGCAGGGGUCAAGAAACAUCCGGGUCUCUUUUUGGGGGGGAAUUACCGAACAGGCGUGGCGUUUGGGGACUGCGUGACCUACGGGAUGGAGGAAGCGGGCAGGAUUCAGAGCUACUUGGCUGCUAAGGCUCCGGCACCGCAAACCUCAGUCCCUCCUUCCCCUCCUUCGGCCCUUGCGCCCGGCCCC